AUGGUUGCAACUAUGCAAAAGGAAGUUGGUAAACCAGCUUUUGAUGUAAUGAAAUACGUUCAAUUAUGUGCAAUGGAUAUUGUUGGGGAAGCAGUUAUGGACGUAAAAUUAAACGUACAAUCCGAACAUAAUAUGGAAGUAGUUAGCAGUUUGGAUAACAUAUACAUGCUAAUUCACGACCGGAUUCUCAAAUAUUGGUUACAUCCUGAUUUUAUAUUUGAAAAUACAGCAAAAGGAAAAUUGCAACAUGAAGUGGUGAAUUACCUUCGAAACUUCAUUCAAAAGAAUGUACUACGAAAGCAGGAAGAAGUCUCCAACAAUAACAGUAUCAAAUGUAAAAGUACUUUAGAGACGAUUUUGCACACUUUAAAUGAUAAUCCAGAAGCUAUGAGUAAACAGGGCAUUAUUGAUGAAAUGAUAACCCUCUUCGCAGCGGGUGAAGAUUCAAUAUCCUUACAAUUUUCAUGGACGUUAUUGCUAUUAGCAUUACAUCCUGAAAUUCAGGAUAAAGUUUACAAUGAAAUACAAAGUGUGUUGGGAGAUAACGAAAACUUUGGUAGAGACGACUUAAAAAAAUUAUACUAUACAACAAUGGUUAUAAAAGAAGUAAGCAGACUUUUCCCAGUUGCACCAUUUAUUGUUCGAGAAGUCACGGAAGAUUUUCCUAUAGAUAAAGUUGUAUUGCCGAGAGGUACUUCAGUAUUUAUUGGUGUAAUGUAUGUGCAUCGUGAUCCUAACCAUUGGGAGUAUCCAAAUAAAUUUUAUCCAGAGCAUUUUCUACCUGAAGCAGUUGCUAAACGGCAUCCUUUUGCAUUCAUGCCAUUUAGUGCGGGAGCAAGAGGAUGUAUAGGUAAAGCGUUCGCAAUGUUAUGUAUGAAAUCAAUGCUUGUAACAAUACUCCGAAAUUUCCAACUCCAGGCGGAUGGGACGAUAAAUGAUAUAAAACUUAAAGUAGAUAUUAUUGCCAGAUCAAUGAAUGGGUACAAUCUUCGGUUAGUUCAGCGAAUAAAUACAUUAUAA